UUCCGAAAGAUUAUAAUAAAUGCGACAACAAAGCUAAUUGGUAUUUUACUGUAUAAUCGCCUUGGCCUUUUUAGAGUUAUUAACUCAUUUUUGACCGCCAUAAAUUGUGGGCUUUCACUAAAUCAUUGUUGUUUCUGCUUUAAUGGGCACUAUAGCUAGGGUUCUUCACUCAUACUACAUUAUUUUUGCUGUAUUAAUCCAACCCCUUAUUUAGUUUGUUUGCGGCUUUUUUAAUAUGCCCUCGAUUUGUUGUUCGUUGCUUAAUAGAUCAUAACCCAUUUAGUUUUUCUGCAAAAAUCUGAAUUUAUUUGUGCGUUACUGUUGAAUUUCUUGUUCUAUUUGUGUUAUUGAAUUGGGUAAAACCCAUAUGGUGGAGUUUCCUUGAAAGCGUGAUUUAUCCGUACGCUUUGCAUGCGAAUUUGUUGUUUUAUUCGUUCUGAUUGGUGAUAAUUUGAGAGGUUUUGAAUGAGGGACAACUGGACAAGAGUGUGCGAUGUGGUAAGAAAUGAAGUUUGGCGUUUUUAAGAGAUGGGGUGUGUUUUUGGGAAAGAGAAUUUGUCAUCUGGGCCUCCUACUGGCCAGGUUGUAGCUGGGAACGGGAGAGGGAAUGGGGGAGAGAGAGAUUUGGCUGCACCGUUGGGGAGGAGAGAGAAAGUAGUAGUUGAUUCAGUAAGUAAGGCGGAGGACCGUGGUAGAUACAAAGGCGGAGGGGGUGGUGAAGUUCAGAAUGGUGGAGAUCAGAAGGAGGAGCCGAAGGAUGGAAAUGUGCGGCAGCCGAGAGGUGAGAGGAGGAGGUCUAGGCCAAAUCCUCGGCUAAGUAAUCCCCCCAAGAACAUCCAUGGCGAGCAAGUGGCUGCUGGAUGGCCAGCUUGGCUCUCGGCAGUUGCUGGGGAGGCGAUAAAUGGGUGGACCCCUCGCCGGGCUGAUACAUUUGAGAAACUUGAUAAGAUUGGACAAGGUACUUAUAGCAAUGUAUAUAAAGCUAAAGAUACCUUAUCGGGGAACAUUGUUGCGUUAAAGAAAGUCAGAUUUGAUAAUUUGGAGCCUGAGAGUGUGAGAUUUAUGGCUCGGGAGAUUUUGAUUUUGCGUCGUUUGGAUCAUCCAAAUGUUGUGAAAUUGCAAGGAUUAGCGACAUCAAGAAUGUCAUGUAGUUUGUACCUAGUGUUUGAUUAUAUGGUGCAUGAUUUGGCUGGCCUGGCUUCAAGCCCCGGAAUCAAAUUUACAGAGUCUCAGGUCAAAUGCUACAUGCAUCAGCUACUGUCAGGCCUUGAACACUGCCACAACCAUCAUGUGUUGCAUCGUGAUAUUAAGGGGUCAAAUCUCCUAAUUACUGAUGGAGGAGUUCUCAAGAUUGCUGAUUUCGGAUUGGCUACCACAUUUGACCCUAACAACAAGCAGCCAAUGACCAGUCGAGUGGUUACUCUUUGGUACAGGCCUCCAGAGCUGCUGCUUGGUGCCACCGAUUAUGGUGUAGGCGUGGACUUGUGGAGUGCUGGGUGUAUUUUAGCGGAGUUAUUUGCUGGGAGGCCCAUCAUGACUGGGCGGACAGAGGUGGAACAGUUGCACAGGAUUUUCAAGCUAUGUGGUUCUCCAUCAGAUGAAUAUUGGAAAAAAUCAAAACUACCGCAUGCAACCAUAUUCAAGCCUCAACAAUCAUAUAAAAGAUGCAUAGCUCAGACAUUUAAAGAUUUCCCACCAUCAUCACUUCCAUUAAUUGAGACUCUACUUGCUAUUGAUCCCGCUGAGCGUCAAACUGCUACAGCUGCAUUAAACAGUGAAUUCUUCAGAACAAAACCUUAUGCAUGUGAUCCUUCUAGUCUUCCGAAGUAUCCGCCCAGUAAGGAGAUGGAUGCUAAGCGCCGCGAUGAAGAAGCUAGAAGGCUAAGAGCUACUGGUAGAGCCAAUGCUGAUGGUGUGAAGAAAACACGUACACGGGAACGACCAAUUCGAGCAAUCCCUGCUCCAGAAGCCAAUGCUGAGCUGCAAACCAAUGUUGACAGAAGGCGACUAAUUACACAUGCGAAUGCAAAGAGCAAGAGUGAAAAAUUUCCUCCACCACACCAGGAUGGAGGACUUGGUUAUCCUUUGGGCACUUCACAUCACAUGGAUCCAGCCUUUGAUCCUCCUGAUGUCCCGUUCAGUUCCAUGAAUUUCUCAUAUUCCAAGGAACCCAUUCAAACUUGGUCGGGACCAUUGGUAGACCCCUCUACUGUUGGUGCUCCACGAAGAAAGUUGAAGCCGUCAAGGAAGGAUAAGAACUUCAGUCAGAACAAGGAGAAAGGUAAUAUGUAAUAUAUCACUAUUCUAUACUUUCAAAUAAUCAACAGUUUGAGGUUCAACACUGCAAAUUCGUGUCUUAAAUUUGACUAUUUGAGAGGUAAAAUAUCUUUCGUUCACAUUUGUUUCUAUUAUUUUUGGGAUCAUGAGGAUAUCGAAGGUGUAUUAUAAAUGUUAAAUAUUUUUCCUUCUUGCAAUCAACUUACAGUGUCCUGAUUAGUGAAUGAUCAUAAUAAGAAUUCUAAUAUUUCUUUUUU